CUCCUUGACAUAUGCCAUUUGUCACUUGACUCGGUUGACAUGUGCAAAUUUCGGUAUUCAUCAAUGCUGUAUUUCUAGCAUGGUUUCUUUUUGUUGCUGUAUCCUUAAACAAAUUGAUUUUUAGCUAAUUCUGAACUGUUAGAGCUGACCAGGCUCUUAUGGUUUAACUUUUCAUCACAUUUAUAGUUUUUUUGGCACUUCUCUAAACAAAAUGGACCAGCGAGGCAGCAACAGUGGAGAUGAAGAUGGGACGGCGGCAAAGAAGCAAAGCAACGUUCUACCUCUGUAUGGAAACGAAAGAACAAUGAACCUCAAUGCGUUGAUUUUGACAAACAUCCAAAGUUCCCACUACUUCAAAGUUAAUCUAUACGAGCUUAAAACCUACCACGAGGUGGUGGAUGAAAUCUAUUACAAAGUAAGCCAUUUGGAGCCUUGGGAAAAGGGGUCUCGGAGAACAUCUGGUCAAACUGGGAUGUGUGGAGGCGUCAGAGGAGUGGGAGCUGGAGGGAUAGUUUCAACAGCCUAUUGUCUACUGUAUAAGUUAUUUACUCUUAAGUUAACUAGAAAACAACUAAAUGGUCUAAUAACGCACUGUGAUUCUCCUUACAUAAGAGCACUUGGUUUUAUGUAUAUUCGCUACGUUUUUCCUCCGAGUGCAUUACUUGACUGGUAUGAGGAGUAUUUGGAGGAUGAAGAGGAAUUGGAUGUGAAAGCUGGCGGAGGCCAAAAUAUGACCAUGGGGCAGAUUCUCAGACAGUGGCUGGUCAAGCUGGAAUGGUUUUCGACGCUGUUUCCCCGAAUACCUGUGCCAAUUCAACAUAGAAUUCAGAAGUUUUUAGAGGAAAAAUUCCCACCUCAAGCCGUUCAGGCAGCCCAGGAAAGAGCCAGAGAGGAUCGAAGACCGGACAGAGCGACCGAACGGCCUCCAAUACGAGAAGACACCAGGCGUGAUUUCUUGCGUGACGACCGCGAAAGAAGAGAAGACACGAGACGAGAUAGGGACAGAUUUCGUGACGAUCACGAUAGAAGAGAUCGCACCCACAACAGAAGUCGAAGUCCCAAUAGGAAUAAACACUACAGCAGAGAUCGCAGCCGAGAACGGGGUGGAAAGCAUAGAGGCGAAAGACAUCGGGGUGGCCGCGAGAGAUAUUAAAACCUCAUAUGAGCGGCUGAUAUUUAGAAUAACACGUUUACUUUUAUUGUGAGAAGUUGACUCAGUGAAAGGACCUGGAAAAAACUGCAGAUUUUUGGAGUUGAACUGUUUAGGGUCAUAAACGCUCUUAUCCGCAAACUUUCGUCAACGCUGUUUUAUGAGCCGAAUUUUGUUUUGUUAUUUAACUAUUGUAGGAGGGCAUUUUGAUUUUAUAGUAACGUCAUUUGUUGUAGUUUUGCAUAUGAAAGAAUAAGGAUGCAAGUGGUUCGACAUUUUUAUCCUUCACAUUUUAACGAUAGUUUGUUAAGCUUGUUCUAUAAGUUAAGUUGUCUGAUAAGCAGUUCAAUUUCACCAAUUUUUGCAUGAUACGCACAGAUUGAAAGUCGAUCAUUUUUUUGUUUUAAGCAUUAGGCGAGAAAGUUGUUAAUUUGGAAACAGUUGGGACUUUUGUAUGGGUUGUUUUUCUACUUUAGAGUGCGCGUUUUGUUCCAGUUGUUCAUGUACAUAUUAGUACCUCAUUUUACAAUAUAUCGAUGCCUUUUGCCGCUUUGUUUGGGCAAAAAUAAUGUAUCAGUAUGUAAUAAAUUAAACGAUUUUCAGAGAA